AUGGGUGACAACAGUAGUGUGUACAGCAAGGCGGAGUCUGAUGCACAACAUCGCCGAGGAUAUCAGGCCUGUGAUCCAUGUCGCAAACGCAAGGUCAAGUGUGACCUAGGAAGUGUCGAUAAUCCUCGUCCUCCACCCUGUGUUCGAUGUCGUCGCGAAAGUAAACGAUGUGAAUUUUCAGCAACUCGCCGAAAGCGCAAGACCUCCGAUGUCGAGGAAGAUGAUGUGGAGGCAGCAGCGAUCCUGCAUCGCGACAAGCGAAUGAUGAUCGGGGAGGUGGCCAAAACUGAACCUCUGGAAAGUCCAGUCGAACGCCCGGCAUUUGCGCCUUCCGACCCACCUCAAUUUGACCAUGAAGCUGUGCGUGCCCAACAGAGAUGGCCCGAGGCACCUCCUGCACCCCCUGCAGCUCUUGCCCAGCGGUACACGCCCAGUGCGCCAACAUCACGAGCUCCCACAUACCCCGUUAGCGAACGCCCCGCACCACCUAGCUAUGGAGGGCCUCCGAUGAUGAAUCGCACUGCCGUGGAGUUACUGUCGCCUGCAAUUACAAACACCCACGACGCUUUACACCUUCUCUCUGAAGCUGCGGGUAGGACAGAGGAUCUUAACCGCCAGAGCCUCGAGAAUCGGUUUGCUGCACGGCAGUCCGUCUCGUCUUUCAACUCAGGGCCUUCACCUCUACCCCAAGGCAGCUCACCUCGAAGCUUGGGUGGAUCCUUUGUGCGGACACCUCGAUCAGGAAUGUCUAUGGGUGGAUCUACAUACUACCCGGCUGGUGUUUCAGGGCCGGUAGAUCCCCAAAUCGCGGAUCCUGGCCCUCAAAGGGAAAGCCCGGUCAACAAUCUUCCUCCAGAGCCGGCAUAUCUUGAUGCACUACGAGCUUGGUCGCGAUUGCGAUUCGUCCGUGCCGGUUGGCUUACAGUGGAGGAAGGCAUGGACUAUGUGGAGUAUUAUUAUGAACACCUCGCGCCAAUGAGCCCUGUUGUAAUUCCCGACUUUUCUCAUCCUUCAACCCACCGUGCAUUGCUUACCAACGAGCCGGUGUUGGCGGUUACAAUCCUCACCAUCGCGUCUAGGCAUCUGAAACCCAAGGGCGAGGGUGCUAAUACGCGAGCGUUCUAUAUCCACGACCGUCUCUGGGCGUAUCUACGCAGCAUGAUAGAACGCUUAUUCUGGGGCCAAGAGAAAUUUGAUGCUGGGAUAUCGGGUAUUGGCCGACCUCGAUCACUUGAUCUGAGUUCACCAAUGUCAGGCAAAUGUAGUGCGAGUGGGCAAUUGAGGUCACUAGGAACCGUGGAAGCUAUGCUACUUCUUACAGAGUGGCACCCACGAAACUUGCAUUUUCCACCAGGUGACGAUGAAAAUUCUCUUUUGGAUAUCGAUCCCCCGACACACAGUCGGGACCACGACGGCGAGCACACCACCAAAGGCUCAGAGGGAAGGGUCGCGUUUCAAAAAUGGCUGGAACCGGCUUGGCGAUCGGACCGGAUGUCAUGGAUGCUACUAAGUACGGCGCAAGCUCUGUCUUUUGAACUUGGGGUCUUCGACCCCAAAGAAGAUGCCAAGGCGGCCAAUGAGCCGCCAUCCGAGCAGACGCGGAAACGCCGACUACGACGUUUGAUUCUUGUGUUUAUCACGCACAGCAGUGGACGUCUAGGCAUUCCUUCUAUGCUCCCAUUACCUCAAUGGGGGCAGGAUAUCACGCCAACCUCUGCUGAUGCAAACGAUGCCGAUGCCAAUCUUGACCGGAUGCAGGACUGCUGGAUCAGCAUUUCAAAAAUUGUCUAUCAAGCCAAUCAUUUGUUGUUUGCGUCCAGUGACCAGACAAUGGAGUUGAUCAGGAGUGGGAGAUAUCGCGAGCAGAUCGACCGCUUCCAACCGUAUUUACGGGAGUUCCAGCAGCAGCUAGAUAAUGUUACUCUCUCGCCGGCUAUGCGGAGUGUUUUGCUGAUUGAACUUGAGUACACCCGCCUCUAUAUCAAUUCUCUCGCUCUACAAGCGGUCGUUGAUCGGUGGACUACCAUGUCCAAUGAGUCCGCUCAGAGUCAUAGUCAGACCCCAAAUGGUCAGCAAGGACAGGGGUCGUCUCAUAGCAGCAACAGCUGGUUCCAAACGUUGAAUGAACUCUACCGUGUCAAUGAGCAUUAUAUUCAGCAAGUUAUCGAUUCCUCACGCAAAAUUCUGCAGACAGUAUUGGAAGGUCUCGUCCCCGAAGGUCGUCUCAGACACGCACCCAUUCGAACGUUUUUCCGCAUCUUGUCUGGAAUGAUCUUUAUCUUGAAGACCUUCACACUGGGUGCCAGGGAAGACGAUGUGCGAGUCUCACUAGACCUGCAGGACCGGGCGGUGGAGGCACUGCGCAAUUAUGUCGUGGAUGACGUGCACCUCAGUAAUACGGUAGCUCGGCUUAUUGAGCUUCUCACUAGCAGCAUCCGAACGCGCUUUCUACGCUUUGCCCCGCAUGAUAGGGGCACAGACGGAGAAGGACAUGAUCGCACCUCGGCCACAGGCUCUGGGCCUCAUUCACCAUCACGCGAGAACUCAACAGCUCGUCGUGACGGCCCGAAUACACCCUGGUCCACUAGCCAGGGUCAUGACACGGCAUCAGGCGGGUCAGGUCUAGGAUAUGUGGAUACUCCUGGCGCCGGGGGCCACCCGAUGGGAUCGGGGCAUGAUCCACUGGCGAACAUUCCUGCCCAGCCGAUCAACUCAUCCAACCUCAACGUAUCCUUCAUGCCGCCUCCGCCAUCCGUGUACCAACACUACUACGACUCGAACUCGACAUUCCCUGCCAAUGAUAUAGACAGAUCAUCGCCAAACCAUGUCGCUUCAUCACAUAACAUGGGUGACAGCCACCAUUCUACCUCCGGCGCGCUUCCGGAUUGGUUCGCUCUGCCUCUUGAUCAAUUCUUCAACAGCACCACCGGAGUUGUUGACCAGGGUCUUGGUGGGACUGGACCCAUGCUUGGCGAGUUUGACAUGCUCGAGGUGCUCCUCAACGAGGGGUAUGAUGGAAAUACUAAUGGCGAGGGUAUAGGUGAGACUGGGGCCGGGUUAUCGUCUCAGUACCUGUGA